UCUGUUCUGCGUUCGGAAGUUCUUCCUGGCAGCAGGCGGCCAUCUUGCUGGAGCUUGAGAGAGGAGAGAAGGGUGACACUGGUUUCAGGGCCGCCCCGGGAGCCUCAAGAGCGGGAGGCAGCCCCGGAGGCUCCCGCGGGCGGACGCGCCGGAAGAGGAGGCCGGGGAAUGGCUGCGGUGUGGCAGCAGGUCUUAGCAGUAGACGCGAGGUACAAUGCGUACCGCACACCAACGUUUCCACAGUUUCGGACACAAUAUAUCCGACGGCGCAGCCAGCUACUGCGGGAGAAUGCCAAGGCUGGGCACCCUCCAGCAUUGCGUCGGCAGUACCUGAGGCUGCGUGGGCAGCUGCUGGGCCAGCGCUACGGGCCCCUCUCUGAGCCAGGCAGUGCUCGUGCCUAUAGCAACAGCAUCGUCCGCAGCAGCCGCACUACCCUUGACCGCAUGGAGGACUUCGAGGAUGACCCUCGGGCCCUGGGGGCCCGUGGGCACCGCCGCUCUGUCAGCCGAGGCUCCUACCAGCUGCAGGCACAGAUGAACCGUGCCGUCUAUGAGGACAGGCCCCCCGGCAGCGUGGUUCCCACGUCAGCGGCAGAAGCAAGUCGAGCCAUGGCCGGGGACACAUCGCUGAGUGAGAACUACGCCUUUGCGGGCAUGUACCAUGUUUUUGACCAGCACGUGGAUGAGGCAGUCCCCAGGGUGCGCUUCGCCAAUGACGACCGGCACCGCCUGGCCUGCUGCUCACUCGAUGGCAGCAUUUCGCUGUGCCAGCUGGUACCCGCCCCGCCCACCGUGCUCCGAGUGCUGCGGGGCCACACCCGCGGGGUCUCCGACUUCGCCUGGUCCCUCUCCAACGACAUCCUCGUGUCCACCUCGCUUGAUGCCACCAUGCGCAUCUGGGCCUCUGAGGACGGCCGCUGCAUCCGGGAGAUCCCUGACCCAGACAGCGCCGAACUGCUCUGCUGCACCUUCCAGCCAGUCAACAACAACCUCACUGUGGUGGGGAAUGCCAAGCACAACGUGCACGUCAUGAACAUCUCCACGGGCAAGAAAGUGAAGGGUGGAUCCAGCAAGCUGACAGGCCGUGUCCUCGCUCUGUCCUUUGAUGCCCCUGGCCGGCUGCUCUGGGCGGGUGAUGACCGCGGCAGUGUUUUCUCCUUCCUCUUCGACAUGGCCACAGGGAAGCUGACCAAAGCCAAGCGUCUGGUGGUGCAUGAGGGCAGCCCUGUGACCAGCAUCUCCGCCCGCUCCUGGGUCAGCCGCGAGGCCCGGGACCCCUCGCUGCUCAUAAAUGCUUGCCUCAACAAGCUGCUGCUCUACAGGGUGGUGGACAACGAGGGGACCCUGCAGCUGAAGAGAAGCUUCCCCAUUGAGCAGAGCUCGCACCCCGUACGCAGCAUUUUCUGCCCCCUCAUGUCCUUCCGCCAGGGGGCCUGUGUGGUGACGGGCAGCGAGGACAUGUGCGUGCAUUUCUUUGACGUGGAGCGGGCAGCCAAGGCCGCCGUCAACAAGCUGCAGGGCCACAGCGCGCCCGUGCUGGAUGUCAGCUUCAACUGCGAUGAGAGCCUGCUGGCUUCCAGCGACGCUAGCGGCAUGGUCAUCGUCUGGAGGCGGGAGCAGAAGUAGGAGACUUCCAUCCUUGCCACUGUCCACCUUCCCACCUGCCUCCGGCCCCAGCCUUGUGUUUGUAAAUAAAGUUCCUGUGGUUGUG